GGGAACCUGAAAUAUGUUCUUUGUAUAAUGAAGCUGAUCUAUUAUUUGAAUCUAAUGGAGCUAUUUUGGAAGCAGAUAUGAUCUGUUCUCGUUGUCGACAAUCUAUUUAUCUUGAAGAUGAUAAUACACAGUUACUUUUACAAGAAGAAGAAUAUAUAAUUGAAAAGCUUUUUAAAGACUUAGCUAAGGAACCACAAGACUUUAGUCCAUUAUCUGAGAACUCAGUUGAAGAAACAGAGAAUCCUACAACUUCAGAAAUGAUAUUCGUUGAAUUACACAACAAAAUAGUUUAG